UACGACUUAAAAAAGAAGAUUCUUUUCUUAUCUCAAUAAAAAGAUGAUUCGCUUCCCACCCAAGUCUAUGAUUCCUUCCUUCUCUCACACUUCUUUUUUAAAAAAUCUGCAGCUGUACACGAAAUCAACAAGAAGGUGAUCGAGCGAAAGCAUCAACAAAGCAAAAAAUUUCUGAAGCGAAAAGCUCUAAAUCAUGGGAGGAGUCAAUGCUUGUCAAAAGGGAAAGCAGAAAAAAAGCUCCGACGAUCAACGCAUGAAAAACCAUGCAGCGGGAAGUACGGACACGGCCACCGUUGACGGGUUUGACAAAGCUCACCAGGUGUUUGAUAAUACGCCGACGACAUAUCCGGCCGGAGCUGCUCGAACGGUUUUCGAAUCGCUCAUGAACAAGGAAAAUGGAGACCGGGUAGCAGCCAAGUCCGAGCCUACAAAGAACUCAACGCAGCCCAAUGACAUUUACCCCGACGACGCUUUUAAUUAUCAGCAUACGCAAGGAGCUGCGGCUGGACCAAGUUUUGUUAACAGAGGCAAUAUCGGCUCCCAGAACAACACAACCGGUGAUUAUAAUAGAGUGGAUGCUCGGGUCACCGGACCCGUCACCUUCUCCCAUCCAACCACAGACAAGGGAUAUGAGCAUGUACCUCUCUUUUUUUUUACUGGGUGUAUAUACAUAUAUAUAUAUAUGGAGAAAUAUGGAGAUUUAAUGGCGAUAUCAAGUCGCAAGAUGUUUCUUCUCCAACAAAACCAACAUAUUGGUAGUUUUCAAAUAGUAUAUAUAUGUAUAUAUAAACAUUAACCACCUGAAGGCAGCACUUAAAGUCACAUUAUA